AUGGCAGCGAAAAGAACGCUUGGAGGAGGACGAGUACUCGGAUCUGGGAAGAACCUCGCGCCUCCAACUCCACCAACAGCAGCACCAAGAGCGCCGGCUCGAGGCUCCGGAGUCCUGUCACCAUCAGGGAGCUCGUUGUCGCUUAGUAGCCAUGCAUCGAGUACUCCCAUAUCGACUGAGAAUGAGGACAUUGCUUCCCGAGUCGCUCUUGACGAGCAUGGCGCUGCCCAGGCAGCGGCGGCGGCCAGCUCGAGGAUGGUGUGCCCGAUAUGCAACGAGGAGAUGGUGACGCUCCUCCAGCUGAACAGACACAUAGACGACAACCAUGGCAAUCUGGAGGUUAUGGAGCAAGAGGAGGCGAAGAACUGGUUUGAAUCUCAGAUGAAGAAAGCCAAGAAGUUCCAGCCUAUACAAAUGUUGAACCAGAAGCUGCGUGGACUGGAAGUGUUCGAAUCGAACAACGAACUCUCGCAGAACGUUACGACAGCAUCUGCUCCUCCUACAAGCAGUCGCGGUGCAUCGCCAGCACCAGCACCACACGGCAUGCCACCAACUGUAUCAUCACCCGAUCCUGAUGACAUCAUAACGAGAGCACAUUGGCAACGUCCGUCAGGACGAGACGCAUGUUCAGAUCCGAUAUGCGGCAAGACCCUGGGAGCCACAGCUGGCCAGGUCAAUUGCAGGCACUGCGGCAAGCUGUUCUGCGAUGAGCAUACAAUGUAUCAGAUGAAGCUAUCUCGGGCAGCGCAGCACGAGCCUGUUCGAGGGUUGUGGUACCGGGUCUGCGAAACGUGCUACAAGACCAGAGAAGGCUACAACGACCACACAGGAUUGGAACGAAGUCAUCUCGAAUACUUCAAGACCGCCCGACGGAAAACGGUCGACAAGCAGUAUUUGGAAACUAGUCGGUUGGAGAGCAGACUGACGAGGUUGACGCAACUGUUGGCAAAUCCGCCGCCUCCAGACCCGAAGCAAAGGACGAUAUGGUCUGCCAUUGUCGGUGACAGAGAUCACAUCAGAACACUUGAGCAGACUGUUGUUCCCUGGCAGGACGACGCGACGAUCUUGGAGUGCCCUUUCUGCCAGCAACCCUUCUCUCAGUAUGGCUUGCGAAGACACCAUUGCAGGACCUGUGGCAGAAUAGUGUGUGGUGACCCGGCAACUGGCUGUUCCAACGACAUUGCUCUGGAUGUGGAAAAGCAGAAGGGCGCACCUAAGAUUGCGGUCGAUGUUCGAUUAUGCAAGGACUGUCAGCGUACCAUAUUCAGCAAAGCCGACUUUGCGAGAGCAUUGGCAACGCAGACAGCAGAUCAGCGUGCCUAUGAAAACCUUUUGCAGUUUGAACAAGGCAUUAGGCUAUUAAUGCCGAAGUUCCAACGCCUACUUCUACCGUUGCAGGACCCAGAGAACCCUCCGUCUCCUGCUCAGCUUGCGGAAGCCAGCAAGGUUCGAAAACGGAUAACGGACGCCUUUACCCAAUAUGAUGUCGCAGCUCGCCGCAUACGUGACCUGCCGACAGAAAGCCCGAGUCAAGCUCGUUUGCAGAAGGCCAUUCAUCAGCAGGCAACAAGCUUCCUCCAUGUGCACAUGCUGCCGUUGAAGUCUCUGCCCCGAAUAAUGAAGCAGGCAGCGUCAAACCACAAAGCGUCGACCCAUGCUCGAACUCCAAGCGCGCUUUCGUCUAUGCAAUACAACGAGAUCGCCAACGGGAAUGGAUCUCGCCCGUCCAGCAGUCGCAACUCUAGCACGAGCUCAGCUGCUGUGACUGCGUUGGAGAUGGAAGAAAAACAGCUGCGGGAACGACUCAUCGUUCUCGAAGAACAGAAAUACUUCGUGUCAGACAUGAUUGCCGACGCCAACAAGCGACGAAAGUUCGACGAGGUCGGCAGUCUGGCGCAGAAUGUUGAGGAUCUGAGCCGGGAGAUUGAUCAGAUCCAGGCGCAACUGGCUCAGAUGGACUUUGCUGGCGCUUAUGCGGGUGAUGGCGUGAUUAAGUGA